ACAAGGAGAGUUGAGUUUCAGGUCUAUACUGUUCCCAAUUUCUUUUACCUCCCUUUACGAAAAAUAUCCAACCCAAAGACACAAAGUCGCCCGUUUUCCGCACAAGCCAUCUCUAGUUUCCUAACAGCGUCUGACACUACCUCUGCGAGCCGCCUCCAACUUCCUCCAUACGGUUUCCAUCCUAACGGCUACAAUAGAAUCUCUUUAUAAUUAACCAUACCAAGAUAGAGAGAAAGGGAAAACCCUAUUCUGCUUCCUACUCAUACUGCUUCCGAAGAUAUUUAAUGCGACGAACGGAAUAGAUUCCUAAUUUCUGAGGAUUGAGAGACAGACAUGGCUGCGGAGUUAGGGCAACAGACGGUGGAGCUGUCCACCCUGGUUUCCCGAGCUGCCCAAGAUUCAUACGGCAACUUGAAAGAACUGGUUGAGAAAUGCAGGUCCACCGAAUUGUCCGAUACAGACAAGAAGAUCAGUAUCCUCAAGUUCCUCAGCAAGACCCAGCAGCGCAUGAUCCGCCUCAAUGUGCUCUCCAAGUGGUGCCAACAGGUUCCUUUGAUAAAGCACUGCCAGCAGCUGGCUUCGACUGUUUCAAAUCACGCGCUUGUGCGGUCGAAAUUGCUAGAAGUUUCUCUUCCGAAGGAAAUUUCCGAGAUAAAAGUUUCCGAUGGUACGGCAUUGAUUAAGGUGGAUGGAGAGUUUAAGGUUUUAGUGACUCUUGGUUACAGGGGACACUUGUCCAUGUGGAGGAUAUUACAUUUGGAGCUGCUUGUUGGUGAGAAGAAUAAACCUAUCAAACUGGAAUUAAUGCGGCGCCAUGUUCUCGGGGAUGAUCUAGAGAGACGAAUGGCGGCGGCAGAAAAUCCAUUUUCAAUAUUGUACUCAGUUCUUCACGAUCUAUGUGUUUCACUUGUCGUGGAUACUGUCAUCAGGCAAGUGCAAGCUCUUCGACAGGGAAGAUGGAAAGAUGCAAUUCGAUAUGAGCUCAUAUCCGACAGUGGAAUGGGUCAUGCGGCAGGUUCCAGUUCCAUGCAGAACCCGGACAGGGAAUCUGAUUCAUCCGGUCCUCGAACUCCUGGUUUAAAAAUCAUAUACUGGCUGGAGUUCAAUAAAAAUGCUGGCAUGUCUGACUCAGGUGCAUGCCCAUUCAUAAAAAUUGAACCUGGGCCAGAUCUUCAGAUAAAGUGCAUACACAGCAAUUUUGUCAUAGAUCCACUAACAGGCAAGGAGGCAGAGUUUUUCUUGGACCAGAGUUGUAUUGAUGUUGAGAGGUUGCUGUUAAGAGCUAUUAGCUGCAACCGGUAUACUCGUCUACUGGAAAUUAAAAGAGAACUGGGAAAAAAUAACCACGUCUGUCGAGCAGCGGAUGAUGUUGUACUCCAGUCUCACUUGGGUGGACCUGAUGUUGAAUAUAAACAUAAGGAUGAUAAAGGCUUCAGCAAGGAAUCUGAAGGGUAUGAGGUGUUGCGUGUGCGUGCCUAUGCCUCAUGUUUUUUUACUCUUGGAGUUAAUAUCAGAAAUGGCCGUUUCCUUCUUCAGUCAUCGCAAAACAUAGUUUCUUCUUCAGCAUUGUUAGAAUGUGAAGAAGCUUUGAAUCAGGGAUCUAUGACUGCAGCUGAUGUAUUUGUAAGCUUGAGAAGCAAAAGUUUAUUGCACUUGUUUGCAUCUAUCGGAAAGGAACAUUUGGAGUAUCAAUUUGAUAUGCUACAUCAGAAGGAUGAUAAAUGCUUCAGCAAGGAAUCUGAAGGGUAUGAGGUGUUGCGUGUGCGUGCCUAUGCCUCAUGUUUUUUUACUCUUGGAGUUAAUAUCAGAAAUGGCCGUUUCCUUCUUCAGUCAUCGCAAAACAUAGUUUCUUCUUCAGCAUUGUUAGAAUGUGAAGAAGCUUUGAAUCAGGGAUCUAUGACUGCAGCUGAUGUAUUUCUGUUAGAGACUCAGCCAGAUUCUUCCCGAAAAGAUACUUUAUAUGGUGUCCUUAAUCAGGUGCUGCGGAUCAAAAGAAUUGAUAUAGGACAGCUGCAGGCACUUAAAGAUGAGAUGAAUUUAAGCCUGGUUGACUGGGGAAAAUUAGACUCUCUUUUGCCCAAUGCUGCUUGUCCAAGUCAAGAAUCUGUACGUGAGUUUCUUUCUGAUAUUCGACUUGAGAGUUCCAUGCAGAAUGCAAAAGGUCAUCCUUCAGGUUUUUCAUCACUUGUUGAUGAAGUGUUUGGGCUCGAGAAAGGUUCUUCUGCAUCUCCAUUCUCUGUUCAAAAUCAUGGAUCCCUACCUUCACAUUAUGGUUCUGUCCCAAUGAAUCUCCAUAGUCUAAAAGCUGGGACCCCAUCUCCAAAGUGGGAAGGAGGCAUGCAAAUAUCUCAGGUUAACAAUGUAACAAAACCUUCAGGUGUUACAAACCACUAUAGUGAUUCCAUGUUCUCAUCAGGCAGUGUGAAGGGCCCAGUUCAAUCCAAUUCUGUUGGAUCAAUUUCCACAGGACAAGGAAGGAGCACAGCUGGGAAAAUGUUAUUUGUUUCAAAGUCUGAACAGGAUCUGGCUUCUCUUCAAUCUCCGCAUUCAGUUGACAUUGUGUCCUCAACUGCUAUGGAUGAAAUCAACUUAAGAGUACUGAGUGAUUCCUCUAAUGAUGGUUUAGGUGGAAGUCGGUCAUCUCGACUAUUAUCUCCUCCUCUACCAACUAGUUCUCGCAUAUCUUUACCUAAUUCCAAACCUAAUGGACCUCAAGCUGAAUCACUCAAGGCUGCUGGAGCCAAUUCAUGUGCUUCAACUCCCCUAUCCCAGGCAAUGGAAUCCACAGGCAAUGAAGAUGUUAUACCCAAACACGAUAAAAGAUCUCGGAAGAGAACAGCUUCAGAUGUGUUGAAUUUGAUUCCAUCUCUUCAGGGUCUUGAAAACAACUCAGCAAUUUGCAAGAGGAGAAAGAUUUUGGAUUCAUCUGGCUCUCAACUGUCUUUGCCACAAGGGGUUGUACCUAGUGAAAUGAUAUCUAGGGCUGAAGGAUACAGCUAUGGAAGUUUGAUUGCAGAAGCAAAUAAAGGGAAUGCCCCAUCUAGCAUUUAUAUAGCAGUCCUGCUUCAUGUGAUCCGGCACUGUUCACUUUGCAUUAAGCAUGCUAGGCUGACGAGCCAAAUGGAUUCAUUAGAUAUCUCAUACGUCGAAGAAGUGGGUUUAAGAAGUGCAUCCUCUAAUAUUUGGUUCCGAUUUCCAUUUGCCAGAGGUGAUUCAUGGCAACAUAUAUGCUUGCGACUUGGCAGACCUGGUUGCAUGCAUUGGGAUGUUAAAAUAAAUGAUCAGCACUUCAGGGAUUUAUGGGAGCUUCAGAAAGGGAGCAGUGCUACACCAUGGGGAUCAGGUGUUCGAAUCGCCAAUACGGCUGACAUUGAUUCACACAUACAUUAUGAUCCAGAUGGUGUUGUUUUGAGCUAUCAGUCAGUUGAGGUAGAUAGUAUAAAGAAACUAGUGGCUGAUAUACAAAGGCUUGCUAAUGCAAGAACUUUUGCCCUUGGCAUGCGGCAAUUGCUUGGGGUAAGAGCUGAUGAGAAGUCAGAAGAGACAAGUUCUGAUGCCAAAGUAUCGGGUACAAAGUUUGCUUCAGACACUGCGGAGAAAGUUACAGAACAUAUGAGAAAAGCAUUCAAGAUUGAGGCAGUUGGACUGAUGAGCUUGUGGUUUAGCUUCGGUUCAGCUGUCCUUGCUCGUUUUGUUGUUGAGUGGGAAUCUGGUAAAGAGGGUUGCACAAUGCAUGUAUCUCCAGACCAACUUUGGCCCCAUACUAAGCUUCUAGAAGAUUUCAUAAAUGGAGCUGAAGUUUCAUCGCUUUUGGAUUGCAUUCGGCUGACUGCGGGUCCCUUGCAUGAUCUGGCUGCUGCAACCAGGCCAGUUCGAGCUUGUCCUGCAACCAGGCCAGUUCUAUCUUCCAUACCUAAACACACUGGUUAUAUACAACCACAAGGACUUCUUGGUCUUUGUUGCGCUCCGCAGUCCGUAUUGGAUACGAAUCAUGUACAGGAAACAGUUUGCUGUUGACAUGAGUUGCUAUGCAAUAUAGAAAUAAGAUCAAAUUAUGUAAUUAACUUUUUUUAAACAUUAGUUAUUUAUUUUGCAUGCAAUAUAGAAAUAAGUGAAUAUAAUAUUUAUUUA